UCUAAAAAUGGCGUCACUACAGAGGAAAGUUAAGACCCCAAGGAAGGCAACGCGAGCUUUAGGACUGAAAGAUGACUGGCAGACUGGAAGAUCUCUGGCAGAAACCAACCUUUUCAUGCUAGAAAACAAGAUUGCCUGCGACGUCACGUUCCGCGUUGGUCCAACAAGGGGCAUACUUCAAGCUCACAAGUUCAUGCUGAUAAGUCGCAGUCACGUGUUUGCAGCCAUGUUCACUGGUCCAAUGGCUGAAACGGGUGUGGUGGAUAUCCCGGAUGUUGACGUCACUGUCUUUAAUCUGUUUCUCAGAUUCGUGUACGCUGAUGACGUCACAGUGAAAUCUGAUAACGUAAUGUAUCUACUGUACCUAGCCAAAAAGUACAGCACUGGAAAGCUGGAAGAUAUUUGUCUGAAAUUCCUUAAAACAUCCUUAAACGCCAAGAACGUCUGCACUAUCCUGGAACAAGCCAAGUUCUUUAAUGUAGAUGAACUAUGUAACACAACCAUUAAAUACAUCUUGGAAAACGGAAAUUCGACUUUGAAGUCACCAGAUUUUCUGACCGUAUCACAGGAGUCCGUACUGGAUGUCGUGAAGUCUGAUGACCUCCAAGCAGACGAGGAAGAAGUAUUUCAGGCUGCCUUUGAGUGGGCCAAGCACCAGUGUGAGCAGAAAUACGUGGCCAUCAAUACGGAAACUUUACGAAAACAACUUGGAGACAUCGUCCAGCAGAUCCGCUUCCCUCUUCUGGACAGACAGUUCUUUGUCCGGACAGUGGUUCCUAGCGGCGUGCUGACAGACAAGGAACAGUUGCUGAUUCACAACCAUGCUGUCUGCAAAGAUGUUCCUGUGGCGCCAUUCUCUGACAAACCGAGAAACUAUAGUAGCCAGCACAGCUUUCAGAUACCAUUAGUGAUGGUAGACGAGUAUAACCCGAAUUAUGAAUCCGUGUUUAAAGUUUUCUAAUACUGUCGACCGGGGAUGACAAUUUUUAUAAUGACUGACGAAUAAUAUUCUAGAAACUAGCGUCACUCCCGUGAAUCUGUUGUAACGACACAUUAUUGAUUAUUACGAAUGAAUACGAUGCAUAUUUGAAUAUUACUUUACUUACUGUUUGUUCCAAUCACUGUUACAAUUUCACACACCACCUAUUAGAAACCCGCGUUGAUAUGACACGUUUUCAAUCUCGUAUCCUAGUAAUUAAACACAUAAUCCGUACAGCUGUAGGAAGCGAAGCAAAUGUUCGUGUUUUGGUCAACAUACUUAAUGUAGAUAAUUCGCUAGUUCCAGAUCACUCUUUUCAAAAACUGUGAAUUUUUUCAACAAGUGCGCGUAUGACUUUUGAAAAUGCUUCGUGAUAACGAUAACCGACUUUAUAAAUGAACAGUGAUGUAGAAUGUAAAUUUAGGUAAACAUUUGAUGCCAAAAAAUGUUAUUUAAUGCAGUUAAAUCUAUUUAUGUAAACUGUUGAAUAAUCCAAAUUAAGCAUGAAACUCACUGUUAUGGUUCUUGAUCAAAAAUCUAAUAGAGGGCGCUAUUAAGUAAAACAAUUUGGUAAUUAGUAUUAAUCAACGA